AAUAAUGUAGACGGCCAAUCCAGUGCCAUUCCAGUGCUGACGAAGUACACACGUGUUGGUUGUUUUUGCGGACUUUUUUGCAAAGAAAAAGGAUUUAACAAUGGUGAAGAAGUUAUCUGAAGACGAAACUGUAAAGUUUGUCACUAUAUACAGAGAAAAUCCGUGUUUAUGGGAUAUAACUUCAGAUCAUUAUAAAAACAAAGCUAUGCGCCAAACUGCUUUGCAAAAUCUGUGCAUUGGUAUGGAAAUUGAAGGAUUCACACCGGAAGAUGUAAAAAACAAAAUAAAAAGCAUUCGUUCGACAUACUACCUUGAACUAGACAAGAUUAAGAAAUCAUCCACAUCUGGUGCUAGUGGCAAUGUUUACCAACCCAAAGUGAAAUGGUUCGCCGAAUUCAAUUCAUUUAUUAAAAAUGCGAUGGUGAAGCGUAAAACACAGGAAAAUACUGAUGAUGCUCAAAAUAAAGAAAAUACUGACAAUACUCAACCUAGUGACCAAUGUCGCUAG